AUGCCCCUCGACCUGGCAGACUAUAUGCGUCCGGGGUGGCUUACAGUCAAAAUAGAAAACACAAGACACAAAUUGCGUAUGGCUAUGAGUGUUGUUGGUCCGGACUUCUCGACCCGGCUGGCUGGGCUCCAGGUCUCGAGUUCUCGUAAUUUCUUGUGCUAUACUGGCCUUUCGCCUUCCUGGUGCGUGUUCUUGGACUUCGGUGCGGCGGCCAGCUGUUUGACGGACCGAGGGUCGGUUGUCCGAGUCCAGUGA